UUAUGUUUAAAGACAAUAUUGUAGGUAGCGAAUUGUAUCUUACACACUUUUGAUUGGUUAGAAAUAUUAAUGUUAACCAUUUGAAAUGUUAAAUUUUUUUUUGUUUAAUAAAUUUUAUUUAACCCGUGUGGGAAAUCGAUUAUCUGAAAAUAUUUGAAAAGUCAUAUUUACUUAAAUAAAAUAUAAUCUAUUAUAUUUGUUACAAAAUUCUAUGAAAAAAUUAAUAAAAUAAAAUUAAUAUGAAUAACAUAAACAUACAUGAUGCUAUUGUAAAGGUUACUCAAAUACCAAGAACAGACGAAGAUGUAUAUUUUGUUCGACUUGACAAACCGGACCAAUCUUGGCUUGAUCGUAACAUAAAUUUAAAGAAUGUUAAAAUACCAAGAAAUAUACAGUUAGUAGAAGCAGAUAUUUCAGAUAUAUCAAAUGAUAUGGAUUCAAAAUAUUAUUUAAAUGAAAAUGAAAUAUUCUCUUCUAUAAAAGCUGUAAAUGGUGGAAUAAAUUAUUCUAAUAAAUUUCUAGAAUAUCAAUGGGAAUUAAAACAAAUGAAAAACAAUUUAAAUACAGAGAACAAUAACGCUAAUAUAUCAAACAGUAAAACUAGUUCUGAUUAUAACAGUGAUGUUAAAUCAUCAAAUGUACAGAACAUCGAGUCAUCAAAUGUACAGAAUACCGAGUCAUUAAAUGUACAGAAUACCGAGUCAUCAAAUGUACAGAAUGCCGAGUCAUCAAAUAUACAGAACACCGAGUCAUCAAAUGUACAGAACAUCGAGUCAUCAAAUGUACAGAACACCAAGUCAUCAAAUGUACAGAAUAUUAAUACAGAUAAAUCGAGAAAAAAUAUUGAAAAUAAUGGAGAUUGCCAUUCUAUUCAAGAAAUUUUAAAACAGUGUAAGCUUUCAAGGAAUGCUUUAAUCUUAGGACUUUUAAACAGUAAGCAAAUUACUACAGAAGAUUUGCACAUACCAAGUUUAAAACAUGAAACAUUCCAUAAUCAGUCUGAUCUUCAAACUGAAGAUAUUGCUGUUGGAAAUCAUUUAAUACAGCAUCCAGAAGAUCCAGAUAUAUAUAUUCAUCCAUUACAACUAAUGAAAAAAUCAAAAGAUCAUGCUAACUUAAUGAUAGAUUAUGUCGGAAUAAAGGAAGUAGUUACUCCAAAACAAUAUUAUAUUAAUGAGACUGAUAAUAUGUCAUUUAAUUUUAUAAAAAGAAAUGUAGAAAACAAAUAAUUAUAUUUAUAAAUUUAGUAUUAAAUAUGAUUUUUUAUAUAGUUUAGAAGGUUUAGUAUAGUUUAAGAAGUAUGCAUAAAAUGUAUUAUUGCUCAUACUUCAAGCUCUAAUAUUGAAAGAUAUUAGAGCUUGAAGUAUGAGCUGUUAUAUUACUGAAAAAGUAAUAUAAAUAAGGCUAAAGAACACCAAAAAAGUUAUUUUUUAAAAAAGUAUUUGUAAGCUAAAUAUUUUAUCAAAUUAUAUAAGAUUUCAUGAUCGUGAUAAAAUAUUUUAAACCUAUACAAAUUGACAUGAAGAUAAUAUAGUGUAAAUAAUGAAACAAUCUAUUUUUUUUAUUAUAGUCUUAUAUGAUUAUCGAAAGUAAACAAACUACCUAGAAAAAAAACAAAUUAUAUUUGUAUACAAAUCUUAAACUAAAUUUAUUUACAUCUUCAAAAAGCUUAGUAAAACAUUAAUAUAAUAUUGUCAAUAGCUUUAUGUAAUGUAAUUAAUUAUUUACUACAUGAAGUAAUAUACAUCUACCAUGUAUAAAUUUUUGAUAUAAAUAUACAUUUGUAUUUGUAAAAAAAUUAAUUUUUAUACAUACGAUAUAUAUAUGUGUGUAUACACACACGCGCGCGCGCGCGCACACAUAUUUUGUAUUAUUCAUAUAAAUUUUAUUUUACAAUUAUAAAUAUAAAAGUUAUCACUAUAAAGUUACUACAAAAUUACUAUUAGGAUUAAGUACUUACAAGUAAAAAAAUAUCCAUUGCCAUUUGGAUCAUAGAUAUUGUAUAACGCUCAUAGUAUUUAAAUUUUGUAUAGAUGGAAACAAAUCAAAUAUGCAAAAUAAAAUAGAUGAAAUAUAUUACAA